AUGACCCACCUGGGGCAGAGUCCCCGCUGCCCGCGGCGGGAGGGGGAGAGGGGUUCCGACCCAGGCCUCGUGCGCAGCAGCUGUCCCCCCAGCGGCGCCGGGUUCUGCUGCAAGGACCCCGGCGGGGGCUCGGGCCUGGCCAAGACCCCUGUGAUGGCGGAGAGUCCCGGCUGCUGCCUCCCACGGAACGUGCUCUGCGAGAGGGAGCGCAGGAAGCGGAUCUCGGCGAGCUGUGAGCACCUGCGGGCCCUCCUGCCGCAGUUUGAUGGCCGGCGGGAGGACAUGGCCUCCGUCCUGGAGAUGUCCGUGCAGUUCCUUCGGCUGGCUGGCACCUUGGUGCCCAGCCGGGAGAAGCACACGUUUCGCAUUCUUGCUCCCUCCAAGGAGCUGUGGCUCAAGAGGCAGAAGGACGUUUUGCAGCUGGUCCCGGCGGGUCACACCGCACCAGACGCACCAGAGCCCGGGACGGGAGCAUCCGGCGUGACCAUGCAACAGGGCCCCCCAAGCUGUGUGACCCUGGCGGUGGCCGAGGGGCUGGACAGGCCGGCGUCCCUCCCUGGGCCCUCCAGCCUGGUGCCCAGGACCCCAGACUGCAGCCUCUCCAAGGCCCCCAGGCUGCCCCCACCCUGGUCUACCUGCUCUCAGCACCCACCCUCCUCGCUGGUGAGCGAAGACGCCCAGAGCUGCCUGGGCCAGGCCGGGCUCCUGACCGAGGGGACAGACAGGGCCGUGACUCCGGACAUCAGUCCCGACUGGUGGCUGGGUGAGCGGGGGACGCUGGCCGGGCCACCUUCUCCCCUGAGCGGGGCAGGCUUUGCGGCCCCAGCCUUCCUGACGCAGGACGGGUCCCUGGAGGGCAGAGGUGGCAGUGCCCCUUCUCGAGCCCCGGCCAGAAGCAGCCCACUGGCCAGGGCGGAGCCGGGCUUCCUGGCGGACCCUGAGCCCGGCUCCCAGGGGCUCCCAGGUGGCCCGUUGGAGCCGUGGGGCGCGGACGUGGGCUGCCCCAGCCCGGCCCUUCGGGAAGAUGUGGACAGCAUCUUCCCCGACUUCUUUGCGUGCUAG